AUGGUGACUCUUAUAAAGCAAAGAGAACCUACUGGGAAAAUGAAGAACUUCUGGAAAAUUCCAGUUUUCUUCUUUGUAUGCAGUUUUCUGGGACCCUGGGUAUCUGCAACUCCUAAGCGUCGUGCAAGAUUUCCUGCCAAUUCCAUUUCUAAUGGUGGAAGUGAACUCUGUCCCAAGAUCAGGAUUGGCCAAGAUGACUUACCAGGAUUUGACCUGAUUUCUCAGUUCCAAAUUGAGAAGGCUGCAUCUCGAAGGACUAUCCAGAGGGUGGUGGGGUCCACAGCAUUACAAGUGGCUUACAAGCUGGGAAGCAAUGUAGACUUCAGGAUUCCAACAAGACAUUUGUAUCCCAGUGGACUGCCUGAAGAAUAUUCCUUUUUAACUACUUUCCGGAUGACUGGAAGCACACUCGAAAAGCACUGGAACAUUUGGCAGAUCCAAGAUUCCUCAGGGAGGGAGCAAGUUGGCGUGAAGAUAAAUGGCCAAACAAAGUCUGUCGCAUUUUCAUACAAGGGACUGGAUGGGAGUCUCCAAACGGCAGCCUUCUUGAGUUUACCAUCCUUGUUUGACUCCCGGUGGCAUAAGCUCAUGAUUGGCGUGGAAAGAACAAGUGCCACUCUUUUUAUUGACUGCAUCAGGAUCGAAUCCUUACCUAUAAAGCCGAGAGGUCAGAUUGAUGCUGAUGGCUUUGCGGUGCUGGGAAAACUUGUGGACAAUCCUCAGGUCUCUGUUCCUUUUGAACUCCAGUGGAUGCUGAUCCAUUGUGACCCCCUGAGACCCAGGAGAGAGACAUGUCAUGAGCUGCCAGUCAGAAUCACAACCAGCCAGACCACCGAUAAGAGAGGUCCUCCGGGUGAGCAGGGGCCUCCAGGGCCUCCCGGGCCUCCUGGAGUUCCGGGCAUAGACGGCAUUGAUGGUGACCGAGGUCCAAAGGGUCCUCCUGGACCUCCGGGGCCCCCUGGAGACCCGGGCAAGCCAGGAGCACCAGGCAAGCCAGGCACACCGGGUGCUGAUGGAUUAACAGGACCUGAUGGAUCCCCUGGCUCCGUUGGACCAAGGGGACAAAAGGGAGAACCUGGUGUUCCUGGGUCUCGUGGAUUUCCAGGCCGUGGUAUUCCAGGACCCCCUGGUCCUCCUGGGACCACAGGACUUCCUGGAGAACUUGGCCGUGUAGGCCCUAUUGGGGACCCUGGGAAAAGAGGACCACCUGGCCCUCCUGGACCCCCAGGACCUAGUGGAACAAUUGGAUUUCAUGAUGGAGACCCAUUGUGCCCCAAUUCCUGCCCACCGGGUCGCUCUGGAUAUCCAGGCCUACCAGGCAUGAGGGGCCAUAAAGGGGCGAAAGGAGAAAUUGGCGAGCCAGGAAGACAAGGACACAAGGGUGAAGAGGGUGACCAGGGGGAACUGGGAGAAGUUGGAGCUCAAGGACCUCCAGGAGCUCAAGGUCUGAGAGGCAUCACUGGCAUAGUUGGAGACAAAGGAGAAAAGGGUGCUCGGGGAUUUGAUGGAGAGCCUGGACCUCAGGGCAUUCCAGGUGCAGCUGGUGAUCAAGGACAGCGAGGACCUCCAGGAGAAACAGGUCCUAAGGGAGACAGAGGCAUUCAAGGUUCCCGAGGAAUUCCUGGAUCCCCUGGGCCAAAAGGAGACACGGGCUUGCCAGGUGUCGAUGGUCGAGACGGAAUACCAGGAAUGCCCGGAACAAAGGGUGAAGCAGGGAAGCCUGGACCUCCCGGUGAUGUGGGAUUGCAGGGUUUACCAGGUGUGCCUGGAAUCCCUGGUGCAAAAGGUGUUGCCGGCGAAAAGGGUAACACGGGUGCUCCAGGGAAGCCUGGUCAGUUGGGAAAUUCAGGAAAACCAGGCCAACAAGGGCCUCCGGGAGAGGUUGGACCUCGGGGACCCAGGGGCCUUCCAGGCAGUAGAGGCCCGGUAGGACCAGAAGGGUCUCCAGGCAUACCAGGGAAACUGGGAUCUGUUGGCAGCCCUGGCCUUCCUGGCUUGCCUGGGCCCCCUGGACUUCCUGGAAUGAAAGGAGACAGGGGUGUAUUCGGUGAACCAGGUCCCAAGGGUGAACAGGGUGCCUCUGGUGAAGAAGGUGAAGCAGGAGCAAGGGGUGACCUUGGAGAUAUGGGACAACCUGGCCCAAAGGGAUCUGUGGGUAACCCUGGGGAGCCAGGCCUGAGGGGGCCUGAAGGAAUCAGAGGGCUUCCUGGAGUAGAAGGACCAAGAGGACCACCUGGACCCCGGGGAGUGCAGGGAGAACAGGGUGCUACUGGACUGCCUGGUAUCCAGGGCUCUCCGGGCAGAACACCGACAGACCAGCACAUCAAGCAGGUUUGCAUGAGAGUCGUGCAAGAGCAUUUUGCGGAAAUGGCAGCUAGCCUCAAGAGACCAGACACAGGAGCCUCUGGUCUUCCUGGGAGGCCUGGUCCUCCAGGGCCUCCAGGACCCCCUGGAGAGAAUGGUUUCCCCGGUCAGAUGGGAAUCCGUGGCCUUCCAGGCAUUAAGGGUCCCCCUGGUGCUCUUGGUUUAAGGGGACCUAAAGGUGACUUGGGAGAAAAAGGAGAACGUGGUCCUCCAGGAAGAGGUCCUAAGGGUUUGCCUGGAGCCAUAGGUCUCCCAGGUGAUCCAGGCCCUGCCAGCUAUGGGAAAAAUGGCCGAGAUGGAGAGCAAGGUCCCCCAGGAGUGGCAGGAAUUCCUGGUGUGCCUGGACCCCCAGGACCCCCAGGCCCUCCUGGUUUCUGUGAGCCAGCCUCUUGUACCCUGCAGUCUGGUCAAAGAGCAUUUAGCAAAGGGCCUGACAAGUGA